CUGAUUGGCUUUUUAGUUUGUACGAGGCCAUAGGGUCCAUUGGUUUUUCCCACGUGGCUAGACUUUCUUUUUGCAUGCCUUCUUGCCUCAUCAAGAGAGUCCGUUAUCCUUUCCCUCGGCAAUUGCGCUCGAUCGAUGCCCACGGUUUUUCGUUGCCUUUGAUCGACUCUUAUCUUGCUCGUGAGUGCUUGGGUUCCUUCGCCUGUUUCCGCCGUCCAGAAUGGGUGCGCCCGUCGACGCGAUAUUUUCGCCCGUUCUCGCCGACCAGAGCGUAUUCUCGCCUUAAAAAGGAAUCUAAGCCUUCGGUUGACCAGAAGCUUCGAUGCUGGUCCCAGUCUGGUUUGCUGAAGGCCGCGUGUCAGCUUCCGGAGGUUACGUCAGCGAGUUGGGCCCAAGACCCUUCCGCGGCUGAGGGAGCCGCGGCGACUGGCCAACGCGACUUUGAGAUAGAGAAGAGAAUUUACUUGGAGCUUUGCAGUCAACUUCAAAAUCAAUAUAAGAAGAAAAGUGGCAAAGUUCAAGCGGGCAAGGGGCUCGCUCGGGUUGAGAAGGGAAAUCGCGCGAGAGAAAAGGACAGAGUGGAUCAUGGUGGCUCGGCGCGCAGAUGUGAGCAAAAAAGCGGAAGUGGUUCAUCUGACGAAGGCAAUUCGUCGAAUCUAUCCGAAUCGACCAGAGAGGGCAAUUGGUUAGACAGGUAUUGUCAGGAAGACUGGGAUUCAUUUAGAAAAGGGUUCAGAGAGAAGGUGGAUUUAUUUGAAAGGGAAAGAAGUGCCAAGGGAUCUUUCGAUUGGUGCAGUCCGCUUGAAGAAUCUGAGAUCGAUUUUUGGCGCCAGCCGUUUCCUUGGGAUACCAAGGUGAUAGAGUUGUCCAGCUUGCUAGUUGGAAACGGAAACGCCGAGAAGAGUCAAUUGGAGUUUGAGGAUUGUCUGGGUGGCGCUCCGAAGGUGAAUAAGAGCAACGAUCUGUCAGGACACCUGAAGAAGGUUGAGUUUUCUUUUCACCAAUACCAAAGAGAAGCUAUUAAUGCGACAAUGGCUCAUCAUCACUUAUUGUUGGCGCUUCCUACCGGCGGUGGGAAGACGCUUUGUUAUGUUGUUCCGGCUUGUCUUGAGUUGGGUUUGACGGUCGUUGUUUCACCUCUGAUUUCCUUGAUGAAUGACCAGUCGCGUCGACUUGCAGAACGUGGGAUUCGGUCGGCGAUAAUUUCGAGCCAGUUGACGAGUCACGAGCUAGCCGUGCUUUAUCGGACCAUUGGCGAAGGUGCAUCAGAGUUGAAGAUUUUGUUCGCGACGGCCGAGCGUGUGGGGAAAAGCAGGAGGUUCAUUGAGGUAUUGAGCGAAGUGCACAAAAAAGGUCUGUUGAGGCGUUUUGUAAUAGACGAGGCGCAUUGCAUUAGUGAAUGGGGACAUGAUUUUCGCCAAGACUAUCGAAGGUUGUCGACGUUGCGACGGAGAUUUCCGUCCGUUCCUGUGGUUGCAGUUACGGGAACAUGUACUCCGGUGGUGCGAAAGGACAUUUUGGAGCAGUUGUUGCUUGUAGAUCACGGCCAAACUUGCCAUGUGAUUCAAGAUUCAUUUAAUCGGGCCAACUUAUGGAUUCAGGUUUGCCGAAAAUCGAAGCAAACUCCUAUGCUCGACAUUCUGAAGUAUAUUGUGAACCACGGAUAUGAGCGAGCGUGUGGCAUUAUCUAUUCCAUGACGGUUGCUCAGACCGAGAGGCUAUCCGCGUUCCUUUCCAGACACGGAAUCAAUGCAAUACACUAUCACGGAGGGAUGAGUAUGAGCGAAAGAGCCAUCGCCCAAAAAAGUUGGGAGACGAGCGAGGUCAGUGUGAUAUGCACGACGGUUGCGUUUGGUCUUGGAAUCGACAAGUCGAAUGUGCGAUACGUUCUCCACAGCGAGAUUCCCACAUCAUUGGAAUGUUACUACCAACAGAUAGGCCGAGCUGGGCGGGACGGAGAACUCAGCGACUGCAUCUUGUUUUACAGUCCUCUUGACAGAGUGAAAAUCGAAAAGAUUACUGGAAUUGACUACGCGACGCGGAAGAGGAAGCCGGUCAAUGCGCUGGAUCAGAAACGACGCGACGAUAACCUCGAGUCUGUCGGUUUGGACCGAGAACGACGAGACAAUAAUUUUUCUCGAAAUUUGCAGAAUUUGCAUGAACCAAAUCAAACGGAGGACGGGCGUUUCUUCGAUCCCUCCCCGCGUGACGAUGAGCCUAUAAGCUAUUUCGACGAUGCUUAUGACCCUUGUCCGAGUACAGCUGAGUCUGUUGACGAGUCAGUCAGGACGAUGAAGCAAGAGAAACUCGAUGACCUGACGCAGUACUGUCGUAAUACGAGGGUGUGCAGACGGGUUCAGUUGAUGAGCUAUUUCGGCCAGGCCUUCGAGGCCAGCGAGUGUCGCGGCCAAUGUGAUGUCUGCGCCCCUAAGAAAAAAAGAGUCAUAUCAAAAUUUACACCGGCAGGUUGCGCGAACUUAGAAAGGCUGAUUGAGGAUCGGGCCGUGCGGGAGAGGAGUACGGCCACCCUUGUGCUAUCCCCUGCUAUUGAGAGACUGCAAAAGAACACUUCGCAAUUUCUGGAGAGCAUGAGAGACGCUUCUGAGAUGACGGAGUCUGGCUCGCCCAAAAACAAGUCUCCGAUGUAUUUUAUCGCAGAUCUGCGCCAGAACGAUUCUACUAGUCUGCCAAGCACCAUGGUCGAGUUGCACCGGAGCAUCAACAAGGUUUUGAGAGACAAGGUUACGCUGAGGCUGAAUAAGGCAGAAGACAAGCGUCGUAAACAACUACAGGCUCAGAGAGAGAAAAAGCUGAAAAGGUCGCAGGAGAGAAAGGCCGAACUGGAAGUUUGCGACCAGGAGGGCGUGGUUAGAACAAAGAUCAGAAGGGGAUAGAUGAAUGGCAAGGGUCCCCGUGGUUGCGAGUGUUUGAGUCGGCCUAUCGUUAAUUUGUAACCGCUGACAGGCAAACUGUGUUUUUGAAAAGAGAGGUAUUUUUGACCGCUACAGAAAGAAAAUUCAAGACAGGCACCGCCGGUUGUGGUUCGAGCUGCGUUUUUCAUUUCAGGCAGAUUGGUCUCUGGGGCGAGAAGAGGUGGACGGGCUUCCAGCCUUGAGAGGGCUGUCUGUCAAGCGCACUUCACGGCUUGUAUAGUGUUUGUGCGUUUAGAGAGGCAGGAGCGCAUGCUAUGAAACGCAUCCCUCUCGACCGGCUCGCUUUGUACCGGAAAUUGCGUGGGUCUUUGGGACUAGUGCUCGGACAAUCCGGUGCGCGUAAUUGGUAGGACCAGCCGAUGAUUGACGCGCGAGCGAGGCGACAAAUGGAGAUGGCGGAAUGGGCGUGGCGAUCGAUGUUCGUGCUGAGUUCUAUAUAUAGGCUUAUCUUUAUGUUUUUUUUUGUUCAUAGCAUGUGGUCAUUUUAUUUGUAGCGACAGAGAUGGCAAAGCCAAUUACUUGUCUCGCGGCGGUGGCCUGGGAGCCGAAUAAGCCGUUGGUUAUUGAGGAGAUAGAAGUGGCGCCGCCUAAGAAGAACGAGGUUCGAGUUCGAGUGAUGGCGAGCAGCUUGUGCCAUACCGAUUCGUAUGUGCAUCAAGGGCGUGAUCCGGAGGGCGUGUUUCCCGUGAUAUUAGGGCAUGAGGCGGCAGGGGUCGUGGAGAGUGUAGGGGAGGGGACAAGUUCGGUUGAGCCUGGAGAUCACGUGAUAUUGUUGUAUAUACCUGAGUGUGGAAAGUGCAAGUUUUGCAGGUCUGGGAAGACGAAUUUGUGCAGUGUUAUUCGAGAAACGCAGGGAAAAGGGUUGAUGCCGGAUGGUACCAGCAGGUUUACAUGCAAAGGAAAGUCGUUGUUUCACUUUAUGGGUAUUUCAUCAUUUUCGAACUACACGGUGGUUCCGGAGAUAAGUUUGGUUAAGGUGGACCGAGCGGCGCCAUUCGAAAAGAUAUGUUUGCUUGGGUGUGGGGCGACGACUGGAUAUGGAGCGGUGGAGAAGGUGGCUCGCGUAGAAAAGGGUGCUAAGGUCGCGGUGUUUGGGUGCGGGUGCGUAGGUCUAUCGGUGAUUGCAGCGGCGGCCAGGGCAGGAGCGGGGAUGAUUAUAGGCGUGGACACGAAUGAGGUGAAGCGAGAAUGGGCGACUAAGUUUGGGGCGACACACUUCAUCAAUCCGGCGGAAUGCGGGGAGAAAUCGAUAGAAACGACGUUGAUUGAGAUGACAUUUGAGGAUGGUGCUGGCGGAGUUGAUUAUUCGUUUGAUUGUACCGGGAAUGUGAAGGUGAUGCGAUCUGCGCUAGAAGCUUGUCACAAGGGAUGGGGCCAGAGCAUUGUGAUCGGCGUGGCAGGGGUAGGAGAGUGUAUCAGUACACUACCGUUUCAAUUGGUCACGGGAAGGGUGUGGAGAGGAUGUGCAUUCGGCGGCGUUAAGGGGCGUAGUCAUCUCCCAGAAUACGUCAAGAGGUAUUUGAAUAAGGAGCUAAGGCUUGACGAGUUGGUGACGACGGUGCUUCCGUUCGAGAAGGUGAGCGAGGGGUUUGAGAAGAUGCACGAUUCGAACAAUAUAAAGACGGUAUUGAUUUAUCGGUAAGGCAACGCGCAUUGGAGUCGUGAAUACGCGGUGGAACGGAGUUAGUAAAGAGCUUCUCGAGACGGCCCGCGGAUUCUUCUAGCCAGAUGCAGAUCCUUGUUCAUGAUGGUGACACGUUUUGCAUGAAUAGCACAUAGAUUGGCGUCUUCAAACAGAUGAACCAAGUAGCUUUCCGCGGCUUCUUGGAGGGCGAGGAGAGCAUCUGCCUUCCACCGGUAGAUUUCUUGCCUCCUCGCUUGGAUGACACUAAUUUCUUUGACCUAUAAAUAGACGAGGUUAGGACGGUUUGUGUCUUAACGGCUAGUAGUCUUGUACCGGUUUUUGUGUAAGUGAUGUUCUGGGGUGUGUACCAAUCGGGCGAAUGGGAGUUUUCUGAUGAGCAGAUCGGUGCUUUUUUGGUAUUUUCUGAUUUCCCACAGGGCCUUUUGUCCCGGUCUGAACCUUUUUUUGAUGAUGAUGGUUUCUUUGUCCUCGUUGUCCUGGGCGUUUUUCCUCGUUUCAAGCGGUGUUCUUGUGUGGCUGGAUGGAUAGAUGUUUUCGUGUGGGGGUGGUGUUUGUUGGCCGUCGAAGCGUUCUCUUCGGGCUAGAUGAGCGGGGGUGGAGGUGAACAUGAUGGGCGCACCGCCCACCCCCUCUCUUGAGUCUUCUAGGGGAUGUGUACGGGUGAAAGGGAAGUCGUUGUGUCUGAAUAGUCUUGGAGUUCUGGAAGCGGGCGUUUCUGCCGCGAACUUUGCCCAUGAGUUUCUGAUAUUGGCGAUAUCUGCGCUGCCGACGAUGGGAAUGAUAGGAGAGGGGUGAGAAGGUGAAGCGCUGGACUGAGCGGUCGUUUCUUGCAGGGAAGUUUGCAGCUCGGUUUGUUCUUCUGGAUUCGGAUUUCCCGCUUCAUCAGAAAGACUGAUAGGAUCUUGGCUGUUUUGGGGGCGGUGCGCCGAAUCUCGAGGGGUUAUUUCGAGAGGGGGUCGCCGCGGCCAGUUCAUGGCCGAUCAGCGAGACAGACGAAACAAAGUUUGUAGGAUGCGAGA